CGCGCGCAAUCUCGUAUCCAUUGACAACUUUACGCUAUCCCUGCCUCCAUGAAGCAGAUAAAAACAAUACUUGUAUAGUGCUUUUACAGGGAUAAAUUACCAUCAUGGAGAUAGUAUAUGUAUAUACAAAGAAGAGAAGUGAGUUUGGUCGCCAGUGUAACUUCAGUGACAGACCUGCUGAACUUCAUGUAGACAUAAUACCAGAUGCAACACAAGCAGAAAACUUCAUUGAGAGGAAUCCCGUUGACAAUGGACUCCAACAUGUUCAAGAGAUGUCAGAACAUGAGGUCAACACAGAAAGGUUUGAAACAAGCACACGGGGAGUGAACCAUACAGAGGGUGGCUGGCCCAAAGAUGUCAACUCACAGGAAGUUGAACAGGUCACCAGAUACAGGAAGAAAGUGGAGAAAGAUGAAAUGUACAUUAACACAAUUCAACAGCUUUCAACAGUUAUGGAACACUGCAUCAAGCAAAACAAUGCCAUUGACAUCUAUGAAGAGUACUUUGAUGAUAUUGAAAUAGAUACUGUGGAUGAAGUCCCGUCAGCCAAAACUAUAAAUGUAUUCAGGGAUCCAAAUGAGAUCAAGAGAACAGCAACAAGCCUCUCCUGGUUCCCCGACGGCCCCAGGAAGCUAGCAGUAGCCUACUGUAACAUGGAGUUCCAGGGAUCCAGUCCCGACACCAGUAUGGAGUCCUACAUCUGGGAUGUUGAGAACCCAAACAAACCAGAAAUGACACUAAAACCAGUGUCUCCGUUAGUGUGUUUAGAAUACAAUCCUAAAGAUUCCCACGUACUGCUAGGUGGCUGUUACAACGGUCAGAUUGCUUACUGGGACACCAGAAAAGGAUCACAGCCUGUCGAGAUGUCUCCCAUAGAACACAGCCACAGGGACCCUGCCUACAAAGCCCUCUGGAUUCAGUCUAAGACCGGCACAGAGUGCUUCUCCACUUCCUCGGACGGUCAGGUGCUUUGGUGGGAUACCCGUAAAAUGGGUGAACCAACCGAGAAACUCUAUCUAGAUCCCACAAAGAAACAAGAUGCAACAAAAGCACAAGGUGCCAUGGCCCUAGAAUAUGAACCUACUAUGCCAACAAAAUUUAUGGUGGGAUGUGAAACAGGAACGAUAAUGUCAUGUAACAGAAAAGCCAAGACACCCGCAGAAAAAAUUGUAGCAUUAUACCAUGGUCACUUAGGACCAGUUUACUCUUUACAAAGAAAUCCAUUCUUCCCCAAAAACUUCCUUAGUGUGGGUGACUGGAAAGCAAGGAUCUGGUCUGAAGAUAUCAGGGAAUCCUCAAUCAUGUGGACACGACAAUACUCCUCCUACCUGUCGGACGGCUCAUGGAGUCCCAUCAGGCCCUCAGUGUUCUUUGUUACCAAAAUGGACGGCACAUUGGAUGUUUGGGAUAUCAUCUUUAAACAGAGCGACCCCACACUUAGUCUACAGGUUUGUGACGAGCCUCUACACAGCCUCAAGGUACAGGAGGCAGGGCGGCUGAUCGCAUGUGGAUCUCGCUCAGGCACUACCACUUUACUGGAACUGUCCGAGGGCCUGUGUACGCUACAGAGGAACGAGAAGAACUUAGUCACAGCAAUGUUUGAGAGAGAGACAAGGCGAGAGAAGAUCCUUGAUGCUCGCCACAGAGAGAUGAAGCUUAAGGAGCGAUCAAAGAGUUCAGCGGAUAAAGACAAGGACGAGGAGGACAAGGAGGCCGAUUUAGGAGAGGAUGACCUGUAUGACAAGGCAGAGAAGGAGUUCUACGACAUCAUUGAAAAGGAAAAGAAAAACCUGGAAAAGAAGCAGGCCGAUCAGAUCGACACGGAUAAGGCAGACACAGGAAAGCAAUCCCCCAUAGCAGAGGAAGGUGAAGAGGAAAAAACUACAGACAAUGAAGAGAAAUCAGACACCAAAAAAUAAACAGACAGUCAAGUGUAGACAAAAAUAAAUAAAUCAACACAGGAGAUUCAGGCAGACGACUGUAAUGAUGAGCAGGUCAAAUUGACUGAAAGAAAAAGGCAUCGCUUCAAAGUGACUUAGUUUUCAAAUCAUGACAGAGGAAAGUGACUUGCUUCAAACAAACCUCUGGAAAAAGUGCUGUCGAAUUUAGUGUUGAUGUUUGUUGAAGGCCAAAUUUACGAUAAGAUCUAUUUCAAAUUAGCAUUUAAAUUACUUUUCAUA